AUGCAAACUGCUGAAAGAAAGUUUGUGAUACAGAGAGCUCCAUCGAAGAAGAGGACCACCAAACGUUAUUCAGACUAUUUGAAUAGGAUUGCUGAGAGGCGCAGACUCCUUGGAAGCAAGUACUUUGAUGUCGAAAAGACUGUUAAUUCAUUCCUAAAAUCCCAAAAAAAGAAAGACUUACUAGCCUUUGUAUCCAAAGUUAAGAUUCAAUUUAGACAGAAGAUAGAGCGUGUAUUGAGUCGUACCAAAGAAGGAAUUUAUAUUUGGUUAUGUGAACAUUGGGAUCAGGCAAGUCAAUUAAUAACUUUCAAUGGAGACACAAGCGAAGAAUCUAGUUUUGCUCAAACAAACUCAACAAUUGAUAUAUGGGAUGGAUAUUGUAAUACUUUUGAAGAUGAAUUUCUGGAAUUCUAA